AUGACUGUCAAUGAUACCGGUGACCCCAUCAACGUGCGUAAACAAAUAUAUAACCACGACAUACAAAUCAUUAUCGAUACACGAGGAUGCACGUUUGGGCUACUUCUCAUAGCCGUGUCCACCGCGCGAGAUAGUAUACGCACGCCUUUCAAUCAGUCCCCCGCAAGUCCUGUAACAAAGGCUAUCACAAGAAUAGCAGAACAUUCGCAGCGUAUCAACCAACAUCGUAACUUUAUCAUGUUCAGCAGCCUUUCUAGCACAUUCGCAGCAGCAGCAGCAAACGCUGGCGGGGCCAAGGGAGAUGCCAAAAAGUCCAUGUCCCCAUCACUUCGUGCAGAUAUCUAUAGUGCCGUUGAUCAGGCAAAGCCCUGGCUCAUUGGGGGUACUGUGGGUAGACAAGCCGGUGAUGGCGUCGCCUAUCAGCCUAUAAUCGCCAGAAUCCACGAGCACUUCCCUGAUAUGAAAGUGGGAUUAGAUGCAGCACGAAACAUAGAGCAUGAAGUGGCAGUUAUUGUCGCUGGCAUCACGAACAUGAUCCUCGAGAUGAGCAAGUGGGACGGAAUGGCCGGAGCUAUGGCCAUGCGCACGUGGGUUGAUGCUCUCAGUGAUGCACACGGCAAGAUAAGCAGCGCGUCUACCGAAGCAAAAGGCGGUCCUCGGAAGGACCAAGUUGGACGAGGAAUCACCAGGGGUAUCAAUCAGUUGACCGACGUCACCCUGAUGACAAGAGAGUUUGCGGCGAGAAUACAAAUAAUCUCGCUGUUAAAGAGCGUAAACACAAAGAUCCAUGGCGCAGGGAGUGAUGAAGCGAGACAGGGAGAAGCGCUGUGGAGCUCAAAGUUCAUUUGA